CGCGCACUCACACGCGCACACACACACGUGUGCGCUUCUCGGCUCCGGAGCUGCUGCUGCUCCUGCUCUCAUCGCCGCAGUGGAAGGCUGGGCCGAACCUCUCCUUCUUUAAAUAUAUAAAUUGCAGCCCGGGUCAGCUUGGCGGCCCCCCUUCCAGCGCUCUCGGCGCCCCUCCCGUCAGUUCGCCAGCUGCCAGCCCUGGGACCUUUUCAUCUCUUCCCUUUUGGCUGGAGGAGCCGAGUUCAGAUCCGCCACUCCGCACCCGAGACUGACACACUGAACUCCAUUUCCUCCUCUUAAAUUUAUUUCUGCCUAAUAGCCACUCGUUUCUUUUUUUUCUUUUUUUUUUUCCUCCCAUCUCGUUGCUCCAAGAAAUUUUUUUCUUACUCCCUAAAGUCAGGGUUCCCCCUGCCCACCCCGUAUUAAUAUUUCCACUUUGGGAACUACUUGUCUUUUCUUUUUAAAAGAAAUUCAAGCAAGAUACGUUUUUCUAUUGGGCAUUGACUCUUGAUUGUUUGCAACAGUUUCACAUUAAAAACAAACAAAAAACCCAAUCAACUCUCUUAUCAGUACUUUGAGAAUUGUUAUUUUCUUUUUUUUUUUCCUUGCCUUUUUUUUUUUUUUAAGAAAAAAACCACUUUUCCCCCACUUUAAAAAAAAAUGCACUACUGUGUGCUGAGCGCUUUUCUGAUCCUGCAUCUGGUCACGGUCGCGCUCAGCCUGUCUACCUGCAGCACACUCGACAUGGACCAGUUCAUGCGCAAGAGGAUCGAGGCCAUCCGCGGGCAGAUCCUGAGCAAGCUGAAGCUCACCAGCCCCCCAGAAGACUACCCCGAGCCCGAGGAAGUCCCCCCGGAGGUGAUCUCCAUCUACAACAGCACCAGGGACUUGCUCCAGGAGAAGGCGAGCCGGAGGGCGGCCGCCUGCGAACGCGAGAGGAGCGACGAGGAAUACUACGCCAAGGAGGUCUACAAAAUAGACAUGCCACCCUUCUUCCCCUCCGAAACUGUCUGCCCAGUUGUUACAACACCCUCUGGCUCAGUGGGCAGCUUGUGCGCCAGACAGUCCCAGGUGCUUUGUGGGUACCUUGAUGCCAUCCCACCCACUUUCUACAGACCCUACUUCAGAAUUGUCCGAUUUGACGUCUCAGCAAUGGAGAAGAAUGCUUCUAAUUUGGUGAAAGCCGAGUUCAGAGUCUUUCGUUUGCAGAACCCCAAAGCCAGAGUGCCUGAACAACGGAUUGAGCUAUAUCAGAUUCUCAAAUCCAAAGACUUAACAUCUCCAACCCAGCGCUACAUUGACAGCAAAGUCGUGAAAACAAGAGCAGAAGGCGAAUGGCUCUCCUUUGACGUAACUGACGCUGUUCAUGAAUGGCUUCACCAUAAAGACAGGAACCUGGGAUUUAAAAUAAGUUUACACUGUCCCUGCUGUACUUUUGUACCAACUAAUAAUUACAUCAUCCCAAAUAAAAGUGAAGAGCUAGAAGCAAGAUUUGCAGGUAUUGAUGGCACCUCCACAUAUACCAGUGGUGAUCAGAAAACUAUAAAGUCCACUAGGAAAAAAAACAGUGGGAAGACCCCACAUCUCCUGCUAAUGUUAUUGCCCUCCUACAGACUUGAGUCACAACAGACCAACCGGCGGAAGAAGCGUGCAUUGGAUGCAGCCUAUUGCUUUAGAAAUGUGCAGGAUAAUUGCUGCCUGCGUCCACUUUAUAUUGAUUUCAAAAGGGAUCUUGGGUGGAAAUGGAUCCAUGAGCCUAAAGGGUACAAUGCCAACUUCUGUGCUGGAGCAUGCCCAUAUUUAUGGAGUUCAGACACUCAACACAGUAGGGUCCUUGGCUUAUAUAAUUCAGUAAAUCCAGAAGCAUCUGCUUCUCCUUGCUGCGUGUCUCAAGAUUUAGAACCGCUGACCAUUCUCUACUAUGUCGGCAAAACACCCAAGAUUGAACAGCUUUCUAAUAUGAUCGUAAAGUCUUGCAAAUGCAGCUAAAAUUUUUGGGAAAGUGGCAAGACAAAAAUCACAAUGAUGAUGAUAAAGAUAAUGAUGACGACAACGAUGAUGAUGUUUGUAACAAGAACACAUAUGAAAGCCUUGGUUCAUCAGUGUUAAACAUUUUUGAAAAGCGGUACUAAUUCAAACACGUUGGAAGUUUGUGUUCUGUUUGUUAAAACUGGCAUCUGAAACAAAAAAGUUGAAGGCCUUAUUCUACAUUUCACCUACUUUGUAAGUGAGAGAGACAAGAAGCAAAAUCUUUUUUUUUUUUUGUAAAGAAAAAAAACACUGGAAGAAUUUGUUAGCGUUAAUUAUGUGAACAACAACAACAAAACAGGAAAAUCCCGUUAAGUGGAGUUGCUGUCUGUACCGUUCCUAUCCCAUGCCUCACUUGAUUUUUCUGUAUUGCUAUGCAAUAGGCACUCUUCUACUCUUAGAGUUAACAGUGAGUUAUUUAUUGUGUGUUACUAUAUAAUGAACGUUUCAUUGCCCUUGGAAAAUAAAACAGGUGUAUAAAGUGGAGACCAAAUACUUUGCCAGAAACUCAUGGAUGGCUUAAGGAACUUGAACUCAAACGAGCCAGAAAAAAAGAGGUCAUAUUAAUGGGAUGAAAACCCAAGUGAGUUAUUAUAUGACCGAGCAAGUCUGCAUUAAGAUAAAGACCCUGAAAACACAUGUUAUGUACCAACUGCCUACGGAAGCUUCUUGUAAGGUUCAAAAACUAAAAAGCCUGCUAAUAAAAGAAACUUUCAGUCAGAAUAAGUCUGUAAGAUUUUUUUUUUUCCUUUUAAUUGUAAAUGGUUCUUUGUCAGUUUAGUAACCAGUGGAAUGUUGAAAUGUUUUGACAUGUACUGGUCAAACUUUGGACCUUAAAGUAUUGCUGUAUAGCUAUGCCAUAGGUUUUUUCCUUUGUUUUGGUAUAUGUAACCAUACCUAUAUUAUUAAAAUAGAUGGAUAUAAAAGCCAGCAUAAUUGAAAACACAUCUGCAGAUCUCUUUUGCAAACUAUUAAGUCAAAACAUUAACUA